AAAGAACCAGAACGAAACAAGCAAGGAUGAGCACGGUCUUCGUCGCUUACAGUUAAAGCCGCAAGACAGAUACUAACUGUGCUAUAUAGUACCACGUAUAGGCUGCCAUGGCUGAGGACUACUCACGCCGUGUGGCGCGCGUCGUGGCAGCCCAAAUGGCGGAACUCACCGGUUUUGAGGCCGCACAGGAGUCUGCGGUGGAGAUUCUAGCCGAACUGCUCAUUAAAUACAUCCAGGAAGUGUGCACGGCUGCUCACUCCUACGCGGAGCUAUCGCACCGCACGGACAUGAACAUCUGCGACCUGAACCUCGCGCUGGGCGACAUGGGGACUUCCAUGGAUGACCUGCGGAAAUACCUGGACAGCUGGAUUGCCGAGCAGGGCCGGGGCACCUUUGACCAGGGUUUCGUGCACCCGCUGCCGCCCGAGUACCCCAUCCGCGCGCCGGGCCGCACGCUGCCUAGCUGGGAGGAGCGGCGCGAGGAGGCACCCGCGCACAUACCCUCCUGGCUGCCCGCCUUCCCCGACCGGCACACCUACGUCCGCACCCCCGCCUUCCCCGGGCACGAGGAGGACCCGGUCAAGCAGAGCGAGGUGAUCCGCCAGACGCGGCGGCAGGCCGCCAAGACCACGCUUGCCUUCAAGCAGCAGCUGCUGGCGGUGCCGCCGCACCCAGCCAACGCCGCCAUCGGCAGCAACCCCUUCCUCAGCGUGCCCACAGUGGAGCUGGUGGGACCCAGCACCACUGCCGCAGCCGGCAACAGCGGCGGAGCCGGGGGGCCAGCAGGAGCCGGGGCUGGAGCGGCAGGCGCAGGGGCGGCAGGGGCAGGAGCAGCAGCAGGCGACAAGGAGGAAGCGGGCGGGAGAGCGGGUGUGGCUGGUGACGGCGCGGGCGGGAGUGGUGCAGGAGCCGCGGGCGCGGGGCUGGCAAAGGAGGUGGUUUACCCCGCCUCCACCGCCUUUGAGCCGGUGGUGGGCCCAGUGCCUAUGGAUGAGGGCGGGCCGGGGGCGGGUGGCGGCGGCGAGGACCGGCGGCGGGAGAUGGACACGACUGUCAAGUGGCAGCAGGUGCAGGACGCGCCGUCAGGCUCCUCGGCCCUGGGCCUGCCCGCCGGCUACACAUUGGACCUGGCCACACGUGUGCAGCGGCAGGGCCAGGCCUUUGCAGCGAAGCGGGUGGUGGAGGACGCCUAUGCGGCCCGAGCCGCGGAGGAAAGCCACGGCCCGCGCUUCGGCACCGGGCGCUCGCGCGCCAGCAGGUACGACACUGGCGAUGAGCGCAAGAAGGCGGAACACAUCCUGGCGCAGGCAGCGGAGGUCAAGGGGCACGGCGGGGACCACAUGUUUGUGGACUAAGGCGCCCUCUGGGCUUAGCGGCGUGGCCGUGACGUGGCGUGGCGGGGUGUCAUUGAAGCCUGGUUGCAGCAAGGUUGCUGUUUGGAGGGUGUGGUAUGACCGGUGGUCGAGGGCGGUUGAGGUGGAAGAGGGCGGCAGCUUCCGGUGGCUGAAGUGACAUAGCGGUGUGGCGACGCGUUGGCAGGCCCACGUUACUCCGCCUGACGCUGUUAGGGAAGGGUGAGGACCGAUGUCUAGACAGUCAUGGAUGAUUCAUGGUUCACAACUUGCUGAUGUCCAGGGGCAUGCCGUGUGAUGCAAAACAACCAGGAUGCGAGAUGGGGGGCACGGAUGGAGACCGUGUCAGACUGUCAAGUGUCAGGCACGGGUGUCAGGCACGGGUGUCAGGUCAUUGGUACCAUUUCUGUGACACAGUAACACAGAGUUUGUGUAUUGCGCAAGGCGCUGAAAGAGC